CGCCGAGGGCGGUGGCGCGGAGGGCGCUAGGGGGCGAGAGGCGGGCGCGGGCGAGCACCAAUCACAGCACGGCCCCGCCCUAUAAAUACGCCGCGCCGGGGCCGCCGGCGUCUUCCUGCUCAGUCAGGUUCUGGUAGUUUGCUCGUUGCUCUCACCAUGUCCGAGACAGCGCCUGCCGCUCCGGCCACCUCCGCUCCCCCCGAGAAGCCCGCGGCUGUCGGCAAGAAAGCCAAGAAGCCGGCUAAGGCAGCGGCCACCGCCAAGAAGUCCGUGGGCCCCUCGGUGUCGGAGCUGCUCGUGCAGGCGGUGUCCUCUUCAAAGGAGCGCAGCGGCGUGUCCCUGGCGGCGCUCAAGAAGGCGCUGGCGGCCGCCGGCUACGACGUGGAGAAGAACAACAGCCGCAUCAAGCUGGGCCUCAAGAGCCUGGUGAGCAAGGGCACCCUGGUGCAGACCAAGGGCACCGGCGCCUCGGGCUCCUUCAAGCUCAACAAGAAGGCCGCCUCCGGAGAGGCCAAGGCCAACCCACCAAAAGUGGCGAAAGCCAAGGUGACGGGCGCUUCUAAGAAACCUAAAAAGGUCACAGCGGCUACUAAAAAGGCGGUCAAGACUCCGAAAAAGGCCAAAAAGCCGGCUGUGGCCAAGAAGCCGUCCAAGAGUCCCAAGAAGCCCAAGAAAGUAGCCAAGAGCCCCGCCAAAGCCAAGGCUGUGAAGCCCAAAGCGGCCAAGGCGAAGGUGACCAAGCCAAAGACGGCUGCGAAGCCCAAAAAGGCCGCACCCAAGAAAAAGUAGAGUUGCAGUUGGAACUUGUUCCAGUAACCCAACGGCUCUUUUAAGAGCCACCAACAUAUUUCAGGGGAAAGAGCUUUAGUACGGCGUGUAUCUCGGCUCCCACGUGGAGUUGCCACCCACUUGCGAGGACGGUUUUGGGCUAAUCCUUACCCCACACCUAAAUUUCUUAGAGACCUCCUGUAUUCUCGCUGAUGUGCCUAACCUUCCUAGGCGACACUUAAAGGUUUGGCAACCAGCGGCCUACUGUGCUUUCUCGCCUAGUUAACCGUGUGGGCAAUACCUGGGGAGUUAAUGGUCCCCGGCUGGGCUGUAAUCCACACCUUUUCCUCCACGCGGCCCCAGCUGGAAGCGGUUGGGUUAACAGCCGAGCCCUGCGGUAUUUGGGACAAUAGUGUUUUAAGCGGCUUUUUAUGGACUUGGGCUCCUCUGAGAAGUGCUCCUGGGGUAACCACUGAAACCGAAUGCUUGGCUACAACCUCUGCAAAUGCAGCGCGCCAGCUGAUGUCCUUGGGCAUGAUGGUGACGAGCCUUGGUGUGGAUGGCGCAGAGGAGAACGCAUACAAGUUCUCUACCGCUGUUCACCUAGCAGUCUGUCCUGGACCUGUGGCCAUCUCCUCCCACAGGGCACCGUCCCUUUCCACAUGGGGAAUCCUAACUACAGAGGAAACAGUUAAGGAGGCAGGGAUGACAGUGCCUCGAGCGCUCUUGCACGUGGUUCGGCGCCUGUGCGGACACGACGAUGUUUACAUUCCUAGAGUCAGAAAUCACUGGGUCAAACCCUUACCUUUUCCAAAGUGGUUGUACCACUUCUCCCUGCUCUGAAAUCAAAAACGAAAAUGAAAGCCAUAGUUAUGAACAUUUAGAUGACCCUCCCACACCUAAUACUGAGUCAAAUUUAGAUGAAAAUCCCUGUUUCAUAUCCUGCUAGUUUUGGGUUUGUUUUUUAAUUAAAAUUGUUGGUCUUUUUCCAAUGUUCUCCAUCGUGGCAGAUGCGUGGUUUUCCUCUGCAUCUCUUGCCCAUUUUUCUAUCACACUGUGUGCCCCCAACAAAACCCCACGGCCUGGUGGCUUACACCGAAAGGUACUUUCUCACGGGUCUGGAGCCCCACCACUGAUGUCCCGGGGCUGACCCGCUGUCCCAGCCCCCCAGAGGAGGAGCAGAUCCUGUGUUGUCCAAAGCUCCCAUUAUGAAUUAUACUGUUGACUGUCCAGUGGCCGAGACCGCCAGGUAAACAAAGGCACUCUCCAAGGGCCUCUGGAUCACGUCCCAGCAGCUAGGGGCAAAGGCCAGACCUCUCUUUGAGUAAGGUUAAUACUACAUACGCCUUCUAGAAAUUGCUGACUUACAAUGCCACACAGAUGUCCAACACCCAUCGUUCAGUCUUUCUCCAGAUGCUGCACCCGCAGGCCCUCCCCUGUCCUCAGACGGUCCCUCCAUCGCCUUAAUUCUCCCCUGGACCCGUGGCAACAGCCUCCCAACUGGUCUUCCUAUUUCUACCACCAUCCUCUUAAGUCUGCUCCCGACACAGCGAGCAGGUGUUUUCUCGUGUCCCCUAACUCAAAUCCUGCCAUCAGCUUCCCUCCUCGUGCAGUAGAAAACCCAGUGUUCCUACAAGGUCUGAGGGCCAGGCCUUUCAAACAUCUGUUUUUUUCAUAAUUCUACUCGGUAAGAACUACAUGUCACAGCAAAGACACAAAAGCAAAACAAGUAUUUCAAUAAAUAAUACUUACCCUAACUUUACUUUUUCUGUGCUAUUUUCUCUACAUUCUGUUCUCUCGUAAAAAGGCGGCAGCAGCCCCUUAAACUGAUUUCACAAAUACUUAAUGGGUUGCGCUCAGCAAACUACACUGCUCUGUACAGCCGGAUGUCUUUGCACCCACACACGCCCCCAGCACCUCACACUGUCACCGUGACCGCGCCUCCAGGAGCAGCCUCGGGAGCACAGAGCUGCCUUGGGGCCUUCGCAUGGAUCAUCCCGUCUACCUGGAAUGGUUUGCCCAGAAAACACAAGAGCUCAUUCCCUCACCCUCUUUCAGAUUUUACUCCAAUGUCCUCAGUGAGGCAGCUCCCUGUACCUCCUACGUCACUGUCCAGCCCCUCCGGAUCCCCCAAGGCUGAAACAGCAUCCAUCCUCCCCGGAACUCAUCAGACCUAAAAAGAGCCUUCAGUACCAGGCCCUGGAAAGACACCUGGCUCCUCAGGCCCUCCUGCCCCAGGACAGAGCUGGGGUUGGAAGACCACCAGAGGACAGCUACUUCCAGAACCCGACGCCCUGAGGGAGCACCUGCUGGCCAGCUGACCAGAUGCAGGCGAUGGGAACUGCCUGGGACUCCAGAGGGGGUGGUGAGGGGACACAAGGACUGGGGCUCGGACACCCACUCCAGCACGUCCUGGCCACGGAUCUCUGACGGUCGGCUUCAUGUCUCACCGGUCUGGAAUUCUUGGCUGCCCACUGGAGUUUCAGAGCAUCCCCAUGUCACAGGACUAGAUCGUCUACACAGAAGGAGGAGGACAAAGCCGCCGAGUGGGGGCGGCUCACGUCGCUCAGCAGGGCCAACUGCUAAGCUUUCAGGCAUUAUUGUGAGCUGCUUGUUUAAACUCAACGAAUAUUACAAAUUAAAUUAAAUACAUUUACAAUUAAAUAGCUUAUAUGAAAAACAAAAUUAAGGGCACCU